UGUGGUACGCGCAACGUUGGAGGUCCGAGAUCCACGUGGGUGAAGCUCCAUGGAUACAAGAGCGUCAAACAAAUCACCCUCCGUCAAAGCUCGUAGCAGCGUCGACGACAAUGCAACGCUUCUCGGAUUUUUCGUGAUACUAAAGACAAAAGAUUCAUUUUUUAAAUUCAUUCCUCAUCAAAUUUAUCAUCUUUGUUUAAUAAACAUGGACGGACAUUCCAAUGGAAGACUCACGACCAACCGAUGGCUCGAAGCAGUUUGGGAACCGAGUGCCAGAAUUCAUACGCUCCCAGGAGGCCUCGACAUGCUCGACGUUUCCGGGGAUGGAGAGGCCAAACUCAUAUCCGCUGAUCCUGGAAUUGGCGGUACUGAAACUCCAAAGAUUCGAGUCUUCAAAGUAGGGGACAAAAUAUCGGAACACGUGAUGAUGGAAGCACCUUGUGGGGUGGUCGGUUUCUACACGGAAACUGGUGAGCCUCGUUCAGCAGCGUUGGCAGUGGGCGCCGGCUCGAGUGUUUUCAUAUACAAAAACAUGAAGCCGUAUUUCAAGUAUUGCUUGCCGCAUUUGGACGCUCAUCCGAAGGAACGCGAUAUUUGGCAUAAAGCUGGGCUGGAAGAAGAUUUGAACGUUCUAACACUACGGGACGAUUUGACGUUAUUGUUCAAAGAGCUCGGGGCAGGUUUUAUGAGCCCUCGGACGUUGAAGUUUCUCGCCAUUGACGAGAUGCUGCGUUUGGGAUUUGCGGAGCAAUACAGAAGACUGCCGCUGGUGAAAAUGAACGCGGUGACGAGCAUCGGGAGCAUAAAAAAGGAUACGAGCAAUCAAAUAGUGGCGAGCAGUUGUUUGAUAAUUGGCACAGAAUCGGGGGAAUUGUUGAUACUGGAUCCUCGAUCGUUUUCGUUGGUCGAGAGGCAUCACGUUGGUUGGAUUCCAGUGGCGAUAGCGAGUUCGGGUAUGUGGUCGGGGGACGGUCAAAUAUUUGUGAUCGGUAGAGAGGGAAACUUGGGAAUGUCGAAAAAGGGAAUGAGCGCGUUGAGAUCGUGGGAAAAGUUGUUGUCGCCAGGGGUCGCGAUCUGUACGCUGAGCGGAACGGGCGCAGCUGUUCUUACGAUGAGCGCCACUCUCGUGGGUUAUUCGAACAACGGAGCGAAGCUGUGGCGCGUUAAACUUCCGGGUAUCGGCCUCGAUCUCAUGAGUCUUCCCGUGCCAGCGGCUGGGCUUUCUUUGUUGUCGGUGAGUUGCCCGAAGUCGGGUGGUGUCGCGAUCUACGAUUCCCGUAAUUACGUCGACACGAUAAGCAUGCUCGAGCCUGUGGCUGCGAUGAAAUACGGGCGAAUGGGUCAAGAAGACCGCGCGAUGGCAAUGGUCACGAUCGGUGGUGGUUUGUGCGUGAAAAUUCUCAAGCGAACGGCUAAUUUCAGCUCUAAACAACUUGGCAAUUAUUGCUCUCUGAACGAAUCCGCCCAGAGCAGUAGUCGCUUCGUGAUACCGAAAAAAACUCGACUCUUUGUCGAACAAACGAUUCGCGAGAGAUCGGAAGCAAAACAAAUUCAUAAUACUUUUAAGCAUGAAUUUUUACGACUUAAAUUGGAAAUUUGCAAAAAAGUCCGACAGAUCGUCGACUCAGACGAAGAUACAGGACCCAAUCCUGUCAGCCUCGAAGCCAGCGUUCUCGGGCUUGGACCCAGUUAUCAAAUACGUACCAUGGUCACCAAUGUCUCCGACGACCCCUCCGCUCCCGGUUUAUUCCUCGUUUUCCGCAACAAAGACUUCAUCGAUGUCGAGCCUAGAAUCGUUCAGCUCCCACUUUUACCCGGUGGAAUUCCUAUACCCGUUAACGUAAAAGCCACCCCCAAAACCAAAGUCGCCGGUAAAGUUCAUAUCGUCCUUUGUAAAAGAGCUCGAGUUCGUCCUAUAUGCACGACCGUUAUCGUAUUGCCAGUCGCCGAAGAUGACAUCGAAGUUUGAUUUAUUUUUUAAACGACGUCGCACCGUAGGACCGUAAUCACUUUUUUUUGUAUAAAUCCAAGUUUUUGCGUUUUCGUAUGUUGCCCACUCUUUUCAACGAGUUCAAAGAUUUGUUACUUGUCUACAAAUAUUUAUUGUAAAUAAAGAUUAUUUAUUUAUACAUAAAAAGUGGCGUGCUUUCGCUGCAUCCUUCGAACAACGACUUUACUACAUGCGACAAUUAGCGCCAGCGGCGAUGUACUGUUGCGAACAUGGCGAACCGAAACUUUUGUCUACGAAGAUCUGCGAAAAUUAUUUUACAUAGUUUGUAGCACUUUCCGUUCAUGAACGGUUCAGGCUAGUUUCACAAAAAAUCAUUUGUUUAUAUAUUCGAAUUGGAGAAAAUCGCACUAUAUACGGAUCCUACUACGUCCGAAUGUAUUUUCAAACUUCAUUUUUAUGCUACAGAAAGAGUCGUGUAACACCAACGUUUUGGUGCCAAAUGGAACUCAAGUUUCUAAAAAAAAAGAGUCUCAUCUAUGACUCUUAUUCAGGCGAAAAUUUUUAUUUCUGUACAGCAAAAUUGCUUUCUCCUCUACGAAAAAUGGUAUGGAAUACCCCAAAAAUUUAGCUGUAAAGCGACAAAUACGAUCGGGUGAAUCGAGCCGAUGGAAAUAAUUUGAGAGAGGAAACUCCUCGAUCGGAGAGGAGUUUCGAGUCAUAAGGCCAUCACAACUUUUUUUACAACCGGCUGAUAAAAACUUCGAGUGCAUACCGUAGUCGUUCUGAUUGAAUAAUUGGUACAAUAAUAAGAUGAAAUAUAGAAUCAUAAUUGAUUAACGUAGAAAUAGGAAAUGCAUUCGAUUGCUGGCGUACGAUAUAUAUUGAAGGCCCUACAACGAAUGAGACAGUUGUUUCGCGUUAUUCCUACACCAUCGUAUUUUUAUUUUCUUUCAUUUUUUUCAUAAUGUUUUUCGAAGAUAGCGACAGUAACGUUUUUCUGACCACUGUGUCGUCCACGCCAAAGGGCUCUUGCCUUUGUUUGCCAGCUUUGUUGGUAUAGUACAGUUACAGUGUAAGGAAUAAAAUUUUCAAAAGUGGCGCUGUCGUCG